AUGUCCGAUAAACCCGACUACAUCUUUCCUUCAAAGGAUAUAAUCACAGAAAUCGCAAAGGCAACCGGUUUACCUUCAGAAAUAUGGUUGGCUUGGGAUUUAGAUAGAAUCGAAUGGCUUCCUCAAGCUCGCGGUUAUAACUAUGACCUCAUAGAGGAACCAUGGGAGGUUACCCGCUAUAAAUUUCCUUUUGGAGAAGAUAGUUCCUAUUCCAUCAACAUCGGACCUAUGACUACCGCAGCCUUUUCUCGCUUUCCUGCCAUCAAACUUCUUGGCUUUGCGACGCUCCUCAGAACCCCUGAUGGCUUGACAACAAUGGUAUCAAUCGCGGAGGCGGCGGCCAUAUCGAUGAGCGAAACCCAUUGUCAAAUGUUAUGGAUUAUGAUGCAGCUUUUAGAGAAAGGCAUAAAAGCCGACGAAGAGGAAAAGACUUUCUCCCCAUAUCGCUGGUAUGAAGUAUCUGAGGACCAAUACUCCACAGAUAUUGAUAGUACCAUAGGGGAUCUAGCCAAUAGCUCUAGUCAAAAGCAGCAAGACAACCCUCAAGGCUCUAAUACACAGGAAUCACCAUCGGAAAUACCGGCGAAUGAAUGCAGCCCCGAUAAUACUUUAGUAAACUCAGCUUUGCUGCUUUUUGACAAAAAAAAGUCCAUAUUAAGUUCUUCGAGGCAUGCCGAUACCUCAGACUUUUCCUCUAGACUUCUGCGUGGAUCCGCAUAUGCAUAUGGGGACUACUCGAUCUUCAAGCGCUUAGCAGAAUGGUUGGAAUUUCAUUUAGGCGGUACUGCUAGUGACAACAAGGAAAUGUAUUCGACUUAUGCACAGACGAAAAAGACGCCUCCAGCGGUCAAUUUCCUAGGCCGAGGGCCCUUUUACGUUCAGAGGCAAACUCGGGAGCAAAAUUGCGGUGGCUGUUGGCGGAACAAAAUAAAAUCCGGGAACGUUCAAAACUUUACUCGGAAUGUAACUUAUGCUCCUGGUCUAAGGUGGAGACUGGCUUCGAAUUUUAAUUUUGCUAUUUCUAAGAGAAGCCCGUUGAGCGCCUCGCGAUACCUAGAUAAUCAUGAGGACGGCUCUUUAGAGCCUUGUCACCAAGCUGCGGACUUCUUACUUCUCACAGCGGCGGCUCUUUGGUCAUUAUUCGAUAAUGAUCUGGAAAGGUUGCCAAACUGCCAGUGUACAUUGAAGACUAGCAAGGAUUAUAUCCAAUGCCGAGGGAAGCUAGAUGGAUGGUUUAUAUGGCACACAUGA